UAUUGGAAUCGCCUCAGUUAUCAUUUUUAGUCAUUUCACAAUAAGAAGAUGGGAAGAAAGUAUGAUAGAAUUGGGUUUUUGUAAGAAAGGUUUAUCUGAUUAAGCGCGUUUUUUUUUGGGUCAAAAUAGAUGCUAAGGUGAAGUGAUUUACAUUGUUACAGGCAAGAUGAAUCUUAUCCGGAGUGUGUUAUGGGCAGCCAAUGCUUUCAAAUUACGUUCUUCCGAUCAUCCUCAAGCUUUCAGGACUUUUUCAACACUUCCAAAUUUUGGUAUUCAAGGGAAGACUGAAAGCAGAAUAUACAGUAAUCUGCGCUCAAUCUUGGGUAUGAAUGCUUGUUCAACAUGUAAUGUUGGUGUGAGGUGUUUCAUACAUUCUAUAAGCCCAAAGGAAGCUGAGAUGGGAAACAAUUCUAGACCAAUGGACUUUGUUAGAGGACUUGGGGAGGACAAUACAAGGGGUGUACUAAGUGGUGGUCCACUUUCAAGGUAUCAUAUCGAACAAGAUGCUGAUAUUGUUCAUAUAAAAGUUCUGCGCAACAAUGCCUUCAUUACUGUGACGGAUUCAAAAGGGAACAAAAAGUUUGGGUCUACUGCUGGUAAGUUAACGGGAAAGGGAGGGAAAGUUGCAAGAUAUGCUGCCGAGUCAACUGCAGAACAUGUUGGGCGUGAAGCAAGAGACUGGGGCUUGAGGUCAGUGGUCAUGAAAGUAAAUGGCUUUACUUACUUUAAGAAAAAGAAGCAAGCAAUUCUAAGCUUCAGAGAGGGCUACACUCAUUCUCGUGGAGAUAAGAAUCCUGUGGUAUACAUUGAGGACACAACAAGAAAACCCCAUAAUGGAUGCCGCCUCCCAAAGAAGCGUCGCAUUUAAUUGCUAAUCGGAUGAUCAAUGUUUCCUGUUAUCUGGGACGUGAUGAGUCAUUAAUCAUAUAUGUUUAGAGGGAAUGAAAUCCUCUCAACAGUUCAAUAAACAGUCCCAGCUGGUUUUGGAGCCCUUCAGUUGUGUCGUAAAUGGAGCAAGAGUAGGUUGCUUCUGCUUAUCAAUUUACAGAGAGUAUUUGAUGUACUAUUGAAAGUAGCAGAUAACAAAUACGGCUUUGUUUUGUACAAUUAGUAUGAGAUUCUUCAUUGACAUUAGACCUCAACCUCUGAAAAAGUUUCGUGGAAACUAUGGUUUGUGUCAAAAAGCUGUACUAUCACUUAGAUUUUUUCAUUUUGCGACUA